AUGGCAGGCUAUAACCAUUCAGACGAUAUCUUGUGGGAGCACCCUAAGGAUAGGCUUAAAUUGACAAAGACCUUGGAAAUUACAGGAGAGAUGAUGUCAAUGUGGCACUCGCUGUCCACUACUCUAAAGCUAUUGCCAUCAGACUCACUAAUGAGACCAUUAAGGACACUGAUGGGUCAAGAUUCUCAUGGGCUAAUUGGCAAAUGGGCAAAUAAGGGGCUUUAUAGGGUAGCUGAUUUUCUCCACAAAGUUAGGUCAUGUGAGAAUUCCUGUUACCCGCACGACUGCUCUGAUGUGUUCCACAAACAGGGACUGACCUCGGAUGGCGUGUAUCUCAUAUACCCAUCUGGGCCUAACUCUCCUGCAGUUCCUGUGUACUGUGACAUGACCAGCUCAGGUGGACCAUGGACAGUAUUUCAAAAGCGAUUUGAUGGUUCAGUAAACUUUUACCGCGGUUGGGAAGAAUAUAAAUCUGGAUUUGGACGUGCAGACGGGGAGUACUGGCUGGGUUUGCAGAAUAUUUAUCUUCUCACCCAGAAUAAGCUGUAUCGUCUUCGAGUUGAUUUGGAGGAUUUUGAGAAUGAGAAACGGUUUGUUACAUAUAAUGAAUUCUAUAUCUCACCUCUCGCCAUCUCUGCUGAGGAGGACAGAUAUAAACUGCAUAUCAACGGAUUCCAGGAAGGGGAUCCAUCAAAACAUACAGGUAAUGGCCUUGCAUUUCAUAAUGGUAUGAGUUUCACUACCCAUGACCACGAUGGAGACAACCGCCCAUUUAAUUGUGCACAGUUAUACAAGGGAGCAUAUUGGUACAACGCAUGCCAUUCAUCUAAUCUGAAUGGUGAAUAUCUGCAUGGCCCAACUAAGGUGUAUGCCAAUGGCAUAGUGUGGUCAUCAUGGAAAGGGGCAAAUUACUCUCUGAAAAUGAGUGAGAUGAAGAUCUCUCCGGUUGAGUAA